AUGCCCUACUGCAUCUGGUAUCCGGACAUUGCACAGGAAGAGACCUACCGCGAAGUGGCUCGUUGGUAUCCAAACCUGCGCUAUCAGGAGCUGGACCUUCUUCCCGACGUGUCUAUCGCGGAAGAGUCUCGGGAAAGUGGUGUGGACGGGGCCCGGCAGAUCUUUGAUAUUAUCAUGGCGUCUCCGACUCGCUAUGCGGUAAUAAAUAAUCUACAUCGCUCUGUGUGCCCACAUACAAAAACCCCGGCGUUUUUAAAUGGCGACACGGCUGUCCACUGGAUAUUGGAGGCGCGAUCUUACCCAAGCCAUGCGCUUCCUCUCUAUCCAGAUAUCAAGGAGGACUGUGCCAAAUUGCUUUUCACCCCGCUGCCUCCCGACCUCCCAACCUUCAAGAAGGAUCUGUUGAUCCAGAUGGCGGCCUACGAGGGCAACUUCGACUAA